AUGCGGUGGUGGGUGAUCACUCUCCUUCUUUGCACGUACGGUGUCUUGAAAGAGUUUCGCCCAUCCGAGCCCUUUUUGUACCAAUAUGAGCACGUGACGCUCAAUAUUUCGGCGGAGAUUCUCGAAAGUAAGGUGUACCCAAUCUGGACCUACAGCUACAUGGCUUUUCUUGUACCGGUUUUCUUGUUGACCGACCUUCUACUGUACAAACCGAUUAUCAUUCUCGAAGCUUUGUCUUACAUUACUGUUUGGAUGCUAUUCGUGUUGGCCAGAUCAGUUCUCGUGCAGCAAUUGAUCGAGGUGUUCUAUGGUUGGGCUACUGCUACAGAAAUUGCCUAUUUUGCAUAUAUUUAUGUGAAAGUCGACAAAAGCCACUAUAAAAAAGUCACCUCAUAUACGAGAGCCGCUUUACAAGCUGGGAAAUGUGUGGCCUAUGUGUUGGCACAGAUUUUAAUUGGCACUGAUGCAGCUAGUUAUCGAGCUCUGAACGUAAUCUCUUUGGUUUCUUUAUGGAUUGCGCUCGUUUUCUCUUUGAUACUCCCAGCUGUGCCGUGGAGGCUGGCUUACGAGAAGUUGAUGGAGCUGCAAGAUCAAGAUGAAAAAAAAAAAGCUCCCAUAGAAAUCCCGACGCUUCAGGAUGAGUUGGGAAAACGAGUGGUUGACCCAUCUGGACCAGCUCAUCCCGAGGCAACGUACAAAAACUAUGUAAAAGCUCACUUUUCCCGUUGGAUUAAAGAGAUCCGACAAAUCUACAGCGAGCUCUUUGUGGUGAAAUGGUCUUUGUGGUGGGCGAUGGCGAGUUGUGCACAAUUUCAGGUAAAAUGCAAAGAAAAAUCAUAUUUUCAAAUAAUUUAUUGU